GUGAGGCUCAUCAGCCGGGUUGAAGCGCACAGCUGGGUGGGCUAAGGGGCGGCGGCGGUCUGGGAGCCGGGGAAGUUUGGGCCACCGCUCGCAGUGCUGCGCUUCGAAGCCAGGCUCAAGCCCGGAGAAUCAGGGGGCGGCGGACCGACUUACCGACGCCCUCGGGCCCGCUGCCACCGUCUCGCGUCCUCUUCCCUGGAAAAGUGUUUAAACUUUAAAAAUGUCAUCCAUCAAGCACCUAGUUUAUGCAGUUAUUCGUUUCUUACGGGAACAAAGUCAGAUGGAUGCUUAUACUUCAGAUGAGCAAGAAAGUUUGGAAGUUGCAAUUCAGUGCUUGGAGACAGUUUUUAAAAUCAGCGCAGAAGAUACACAUCUAGCAGUUUCACAGCCUUUGACAGAAAUGUUCACAAAUUCCUUCUGUAAGAAUGACAUUCUGCCUCUCUCAAACUCAGUGCCUGAAGAUGUGGGAAAAGCUGACCAAUUAAAAGAUGAAGGCAAUAACCACAUGAAAGAAGAAAAUUAUGCUGCUGCAGUGGAUUGUUACACACAGGCGAUAGAAUUGGAUCCAAAUAAUGCAGUUUAUUAUUGUAACAGGGCUGCUGCUCAGAGUAAAUUAGGUCACUACACAGAUGCAGUAAAGGAUUGUGAAAAAGCAAUAGCGAUUGAUUCAAAGUACAGCAAGGCCUAUGGGAGAAUGGGGCUGGCCCUCACUGCCAUGAAUAAAUUUGAAGAAGCAGUUACAAGUUAUCAGAAGGCAUUAGAUCUUGAUCCUGAAAAUGAUUCCUAUAAGUCAAAUCUGAAAAUAGCAGAACAGAAGUUAAGAGAGGUAUCUAGUCCUACAGGAACUGGAUUGAGUUUUGACAUGGCCAGCUUAAUAAAUAAUCCAGCCUUCAUUAGUAUGGCAGCAAGUUUAAUGCAGAAUCCUCAAGUUCAACAGCUAAUGUCAGGAAUGAUGACAAAUGCUAUUGGGGGACCUGCUGCUGGAGUUGGGGGCCUAACUGACCUGUCUAGCCUCAUCCAAGCACUGAAGGGCAGGAAUCCAGAAGAUCUGGAUCCAAGAAAAACUUUUUCAGCAGACUUGAAUAGCUACUCAAGGAUGUAUAUGAAUGUCAAAUAUCAACUUAAAGGGACAGCAGUUUGCUCAGCAGAUACAGCAGCAGAAUCCUGAACUUAUAGAGCAACUUAGAAAUCACAUCCGGAGCAGGUCAUUCAGCAGCAGUACUGAAGAACAUUCCUGACUUGACCAGGGGCCCUAGCCCAGAAUGCAAAUGGCGAUGGCUCUGAAGUGUUUGCUGUAGAUAGUGGCCAAAACAAAAACAAACCUAAAAAAUAAAUCUGUCUAGACAAUAGGUUUAUCACAGACUUGAACAUAACAUGAUUCCUUUGUAAAUGAGUGAUCAUCAGUAGCCUUGUUAAGUGCCAGUAUAGCACUUAACUGGACAGGGUUCCAUUUUCAAAUCUUCAUCAUAUUUGUAUACUAGAUUUAAUAGCAGAGUAUAUUUAUUGAACAGUAAGGCUGUUUACUGGUGAAUUCUCUAGCACCAAAUUCCUGUAGGCAAACUUUUUGAAAGGGGAGAUGACUAAGAGGAAAGGUUUCUCACGCUGAUGUAGGCGAAAUAUACUUGCCACUGAGCAGCAUCUCUAGAGAGAAGAAAUUCGUUA